CCAUCGCACCGGUUGCGUAUAGUGUAUAGAAGCAAUCAGCUGUUUUCAGCCGUCAGACAACAUGCGUAAAAUUCCCCCACACUCGUAUAGGGGCAUAAAACGUACGCGUAGCUAACAUCUCACUCACACAUACGCAACACCACGAUCAAGAAACGCGCAGAUCGCGAACUGCGGGUUCUCGCAUACUAUCAUUAUAUUAUUUUUGUUCAGAGACGGUACACGUCGUUGCGAGGUUUUGGGUCGUUUUGGUUUAAAGUAUAAAAAGACUUAAUUGUAUUAACCACGAUACGAUUAUUAGCCACGCUUGUGAUAAGAGAUCUCAAUAAUUGUGUAGCAAUAGGCGCUGUGUUAUCGUGGCUGUUACUUAUCGAAUGAAAAAGCCACAAUCUUUUUUUUGGUGCCAAUAACGGUCAGUAUAGUGCUUGUUUAUUACGCUAUCUAAAGUGAUUACAAUUUAAUGAUCCACGCGGUGAAAAGAAGGGCUUUUUUCAGUGUGUAGUGUUUGAAACCAUCGUAAGAAGCUACACUCUUACUGGCGCUAGCUACCCCCAUGUGGGAGCAAAGCAGAAAAUAUUAUUUUUAACCACCCCAAAACACAUCACACAGCUGGUAGAAGAUCACACACAACCUUACAGAGUACCACAGCAUCAACCUUACAAAUCGCGACGAUCAUCGGCGACGUGUGAUGUGGCGCGAUUGAAAUAAAAAAAAAAACACCCGGCCUUGUCGUUGUGUUGCACUGAAGGCAAACAACAACUGUGCCAGAGCAGAUGUAAAAGGCACUAACACUGUGUGAACACCGUUGCGGAACAGAACAGCACAAAAGUAGCCGGCUGUAGAGCGACCAUGGAAGACAUAAAGGAAAAUCUAAUACCGAAUCUACACUUUGCGGAAAACGAUGAGGAAGAACUAGCGGAAGAGAUUGGUCUACCGAGACGUCCAACCAUCCCAUCUCUAUUGCAGCGAAAUUCCCAAAUUAAUCUGCUCGAACAGAUGGAUCACAGUGGCGAACAGAGCAAGCUAAAUGAGCUGCGGCAACGCAAGGGUACGGUGCGUUUCACGAACUCGAAAACCGUCCAAAGGCAGGAGAAGGCACCGCCACCGGAUGAACAGACACCAUUCGGUGAAAGUCUUAUGGUGAUAGAGUUUGGUGAAAAUGCCCCAGUGGAAGCGAUACAGUGGAUUAUGGACAAAAUUCGUGGACGACGGGUUGACGGUGGUUUAGAACUGCUCGUACGAAAAGAACCGCUAAGCAAAGACAGUCAAACGAUCAUAUUUCACAUCUCCGCCACGCACAUGAAGCUGCUCGAGAUUGCGGACGAUAUGGGGUUCAUGAAGCGCACCAAAUCGGGCAUCAUUCGCAACUUUAACGUUGCCUGUUUGGAUGAGUUUUUCUACGACGAAGGUAUGGCGCUGGAAGACAUCCUAACACCCGCCGACCGGCAGAUAAUUAUCAAACAUGCACUGGAAUCGAUCAAGGCGGCCGACGACGAACAUCGGAUACCGGGCACGAAGAUUAUUCUCUACCACGGCCAAUCGAUCAUACAGGCGGCACAGGGUGCGGAGCUGAUCGGCAAUCUUUACUCGCUGCAUGAUAAGCGAACGUUGAAGGAGUUACGCCAUCGGUGGAUAAAACCGGCCCGCGUUCAACCGAUCGACGAGAUACGGGACUAUUUCGGUGAGAGUGUCGGGAUGUACUUUUCCUUCCUUGGGUUUUACACGUACGCGCUCGUGGUGCCAACGGUGUUCGGCUUUCUGCAGCUUGGCCUAUCGGAGGAAACGGAAACCGUACCGUUCUUCUGCGUGUUCUACGUCGUCUGGAUGAAGGUGUUUCUCGAGCUGUGGAAGCGCAAAAGUUCAUCCCACGCGUACCGGUGGGGUACGAUCACGAUGACGAAUCUGGACGAACCACGGCCCGGUUACUAUGGGAAGCUGGCGCGCGAUCCCAUCACCGGCAAGUGGACACCCCAGUACCCAAAGUGGAAAACGUACGUGCAGAUGUACUGCGUAACGGCACCGAUCAUUCUGCUGUGCAUGGGCAUUGCCGCGUUUGUGACGAUCUUUCAGUUCUACGUCGAGGCGUACCUGGCGGAACUGUUUGGACCGGAUGCGUACAUUCUCUACCUACCGUCGGUGGUGAACGCGAUCUACAUUGCCGUAUCGACGCUGGCGUACGAUCGGUUAGCGACGUACCUCACGGAUAAGGAAAACCAUCGCACACAAAGCCAGUACGAGCGACACCGCGUGAAUAAGCUGAUCGUGCUUGAGUUCGUCAACAAUUUCUUGUGCCUGUUCUACAUCGCGUUUAUACUGCAGGACAUGAAGAUGCUUAAAACACAGCUCAUGAUGCAGCUGAUCGUGCUACAGUUUCUGCAGAACGUGUUCGAAAAUCUGUACCCAUACCUGAAGAAGAAAGUUGGCCUCAAGAUUGUACGAUUGUUUGUGAAAUCGAAUUACGAGAAACUGAAGGAAGCACAUGAAUCGUACGACGAAAUGGGACUGCAUUCGCUGGACGAUGAUGAUCCGCGGGUACUACAGAACCGCAAGGAAACGAUUCUGGAAGAGUACAACACUUACGACGAUUACCUAGAGCUGUACAUACAGUUCGGUUACGUAGUGUUGUUUUCCUCGGUAGCACCACUAACCGCUUUCUGGGCCAUUCUGAACAAUGUGAUCGAGAUACGGCUCGAUGCGUACAAGCUGUGCAGCUUCUUCAAGCGACCGUUUGCACGCCGUACGAAAAAUAUCGGCGCCUGGCAGUUAGCGUUUGAAACGCUGGCUGUGAUUUCCAUUCUGACCAACUGUGGCAUUCUCUAUCUUUCGCCUCACAUGAGAGAGCUUGGUGCCGGUUUUACCCGGGAGUCGUACACCCUUACCUUCCUCAUUAUUGAACAUGUGCUGCUUGGAUUAACCUGGUUCAUCUACAAAGCCAUCCCCGAUACACCGCACUGGGUGCGUGUGGCUUUGGCAAAAGCAGAACAUGAAUCGCGCCAAGCACUGAAACGUGAGAAUGCACAACGAUCUCGCAACGUGCUGUUUCGCAGGUUUCGUAGCGUAUACGAUACACAUUCGAUGCUGAACUAAGCAACAUAAUUAUGACUGCAAACGGAGAAUAUAAAACAGCUUCACUCACACCGUUAUGCAGUGCACUGCAAUUAAGAGAUUUUGGUCCGCGUGCGCAAUAUCAAGGGUGCGGUUUUAUAUGAGAAAUGUUUUAUUUAUGUUCGAUAUGUUCGCUAAAUAGAAUUUAAUAAAACAUAGUUACCAACUUCUGAACCAA